AUGCACUCAACAUAAUAGAUGUCUAAAUUUUCAAGUACAUACUCUACUAAUUACAACACCAAUACAAGACGAUAUGUUUCAAGUGCUAAAACCUCCCCAAUGACUGGACCACUCUAAAAAUUAAUUGAAACUGACAAUGACAAUUUUUCAAAGAGAGACAAGAAUCCAUAAGUAAUUAUAUCAUCAAAUAUAUUAAAGAAUCUCUUAUAAGAAAUACUCUACACCAACAACAUAACAAAAAUCUAGAAAUUAAUAUCUACAUUCACUUAACAUGAUCUUAAUAUAGAUAAUCUAUCUCAACAAGAAUUACUUAACAUUAUUCUUAAAGUAUACCAACUCAACCUCUAUGAAGAAAUCAAUUUUAUUAAUAUCCUUUAUGAAGCCUAUACAGAUAAAUAACAUAAAGAUGUUCUUAAAUAUCUCAUAUUACAUUGUCAUGAAUAAUUAAUUGGAAAAUCUGGAAAUACAACUCGUCUUUUAGAGAUCUUUUAAGAAAUGCUUACAUUAAAUCCUGAUUUUACUUCAUUUCAAUUGGAAUAUCAAUUGGAUUCAAUACCAGUUUCAUUCAGUCGUAUUUAAUUACGUUGUAUGUUCCUUCUUAAUCAAUAUGAUAUUUUACGUUCUUUAAAAGGAGCAGUGGCAUUAUUUGAAUAAUUGGAAGGCUUUAUAUUUCAACAAUUUAAAUCUAAUACUAUACCCACUUAAAGCGAUAUCAGUACCCUUGUUAUUGCAUAUAUAUUAUUAAGUGAACAAUUAGAAUUAUGUAAUAGACAUGGUUUAAAUAAAUAAGCAUUAGAAAUAAUUGGAAAACCAAUUGAUUGUUCAAUAAUUGAUCUUAAAAGAAAAUUUAUAUAUAAUGCAUCUAAAUUAUCAUAAAAAUAUCUAGGUUAAAUGAUUUUUGAUUAAAUUAAUGGAUUACAUAGAAAAAUGAGUCCUGAUUUAAAUCGAUCUUAAAUAGUUUCAUAAGAUACAAUUAUACAUUAAUUUCUCUUAGAUUCACUUGAUAUGGUUUAUCUAAAAACUUAUAAAGAUAUGUUUGAUAUUGAUCGUUUAAGUACUAAUAUAAUAACAUAACCAUAUGUUUAUACACUUAUGGAAAAGUAUAAAAUUGUAUUAUUUUAGAAUAUUACCUGAAAGUAAGAAAAAGGAUAAAGUAUUAUCAAUAUUAAGUGAUGAUUAAAUUAGACCAAAUUCAGGUAAGUAAUUUCAAAUUAAAUAAAUAAAAAGUGAUCUCAAUAGUCCUAAUUAAAGUAAAUUUAAAUAAUAAAAUUUUAAUGUUCUCUCAAAUAACAAUUCUUAAACUUAAAUACCUGUUAUUACAACAAAUAAACCUAUAUCUAAUAGACCACCUUUAAAUUAAUAAUUAUCAUCUGGAUCAUUACAUUCUUCUGGUAAACUUAAUUAAUUUGAUUCAUAAGAAUUUGAAAUAAUUUAAAAUAAAUUAGUGAUCUAAUAAAGAGAAUUAGAUGAAUUAAAAUAAUUAUAUACUUUAUAAUUAACAACUAAAAAAUAAGAACCAGAAAAUAAUUAAUUAGCUGAAUAAAUGAAGAAAAAAAUAGAUUAAUUAGAAAAUAAUCUAUUUUAAAUAAAGAAUGAAAAUUCAAUUAAUAAAAAAGAAAAAGAAUAAAAAUAAAAUGAAGUUAUUGAAUUAAAAACUUAAUUAUAAGAUUUAAUUACAAAAUAAUCAUAAUUAGAGAAAUUAUUAUAAUCAUAAUCUUAAUAAUAAUAAAUGAUAAUAUAUUAAUAAAACCUUUUAUAAUAAUAAUAAUAAGCUGCUGCUUAAACUACAUAAUCAUUAAAUUAAUAGUAAUCAAAUUCUAUUAUACAAACAGCAUCUAUGAAUAUUUAAAUACCACCAAAAGAAGCUUAAAAACAUUAAAAUAUUCUUAAUCAUUCACCAGAUGAUGAUUUUAUUUAAAUGGAUGAUACUACUCCUUAUAUUUAUAAAUAAAAUUAAAGCUAUAUUAUAUAAUUAUUAGAAAUGCUUGAUAUAAAUAUUGCCUUUGCUAAAAUGUAUACUAGAUAUUAAUCAGCAUCAUAAGAUGAAAAUGAUUAAUGGAAUAGUGAUAUAUAAAAUAUUGCCAAUUAUAGAGUAGAAGCUACAGUAGUUGAAACUAGAGAUGAAGGUAAAUCAAUACUUCUAAAAUCAUUUGAUGAAAAAAAUUCAUUACUGUGUUAAGAAAAUAUAAAUUUAGAAUUAUUGAAAGGUUUAAUAACUUAUGUAGAUUUUUAAGAAAUGCUACCAACUAAUUAACCUAGUAUUAAUACUACUCAUUAAUUCUUUAAAUUCUUAGUUUUACCAUAUACUGCUGUUGUUCCAGAUGAAAUAACAUAAGAGAUGAAAUUACAAUUUUGGCCAAAACCAUAUGGAUUAUUAAAUGGAUUGACUUUGAGAAUAGAUUUCAUGGACAAAAAUUGUUUAAUUUAUAUACAUCAUAUUGAAACUGAUUAAUUUAGGAUUUCUAUUUGUGAUCCAAUUAGUAAAGAUACUUUAAGAUUAGAUUUAGAAAUGGAUUAUUCAACUAUGGAUUCUUUCUUUAAAGAUGCAAAAUCUAUAAAAGAUUAAUAUGCAUACUUUAGUAAGACUACAUUAUUAAAAAUGACAGAAAAGACACCAAAAUUUGGUGAUGAUGAUGUAGCUGAAGCAUUAUAGGAGAAACAUUUUGAUAAAAAUAAAGUAAAAUAAAUAUAAUAGUCAAUAUCAUUAAAUUAAACUUAUAUGGUAGAGAAUUUAAUUUUUAAAAAUCCUAAAGAAUUUCUUAAAUAUUUAAAGACAAUUGUAAUAUAAUUUGAGUAAUAUUUGAAAUCUUUAGGAAUAUCAUUCUCGAAUACAUUAUUUGGAUAAAAAUAUUUUAGAUGUAAAAGUUGGAAUACUGGAUCUAAAAAUUAAUUACAAAUCGUAUUAGAUAAUUAAGAUCAAUAAAAUAUUUAAGUUUGUUUAUAGAAUUGUUUUGAAACAUUUGGACCAAAUAAAACUAAAAUUAAAGCUAAAGGAUUAACAACACUUCCCUAUUCAUCAAUACAAAGAGAAUUCUCUGUUAUGUUUGAUAAAUUAUAAUCUGAAGAGAAAAUUGUAAUAUUUUAAUAACUCUUAUAUUCAUUCAAUUUAAAUGUGUUUGAUAAAGCUUGUGAAUAAAGUUAAGAAUAAUUUGAUAAAAAUCCAAUCAUAUAGAAUUCUUAUGAUUGUGGUUCAUAUAAAAGGUAUUAUUAAUUUAUAAAUAAAUUAGAAUGAUAUUAUAUGAUAAUUCUAAAAUAUCUGUAGUAACUAUUUCAGUUAUUGGUGCAAAUAGAAGGAUGUGUGGAGUCAAAUUCUCUGUUUUCAAUAUAGAAACAACAUAAGAAAUUGGUGUUUAUUUACCAACAUCUUAAGGUGAAUGGGAUUUGAGAUCUUUAGACAAAUAAAAGAUUAAAUCUUCUGUAGAAAAUGUUCCUUUUGCAGAAUUUUUCCUUACAUAGAUUCUUAGAUGUCCAAUUACUACAUAAGUUAAUAUAUUAUUUAUAUGUUAGAUUUUAUUUAAGAAAAUAUUGAAAGCCGAUAGUAAAAACAAUUAAAUUAAUAGUAAUGAAAUAAAAAAUCGUAAAGCAUUCAUAGAAAGAAUAGAUAAUCUUAUUACUUGGUAAGAAGUAUUAGCUGCUGCUUAAAAUUGA